CUGCGGCCGGGCGCAGCUCGGGCUCGGCUGUGGGCCGUGGGUGUGUGCGGGGCCGCCUGCCCGAGGAAGGAGAGCGGAGGGCGCCCCCUGGGUCUCCGGGGGAGGGGGGGACGCGCCUUCGGCGGGCCCCGGGACGCGGGUGGGAGGGGCUCCAGGCGCGCCCCACCAGCGGCCGAGCCCGCUCGGCGCCCCAAGAGCCGCCCUCCGCGCCCCGGAAGCUUCCUCCGCCGACACCGCGUUAGCCCCCGCUCGCUCUGCCUCUGGGGCCACGGCCCGCGCGCGACAUCCGCCAAGGUGCGCCCCCGGCCGCCGCCGCCCGUGCCGGAGCGAGGCCGGCCCCGCUCUCCGCGCCCCGCGCGGCCGCGGCGCGGGUCCCGGCUCCGGCCGUCGAGGCCUGCGCGGCAGCGGGGUGGGCGUGGGUCUGUGCCCGCAGCCGGCUUGUCGCCGGCCGCACUUGACCGUGGGCGCCGAGCGAAGCGGCCGCGCGGCGCGGGCGGCGGGCUUUAUGUAAAUCGGGGCUGCGCCCGGGCGUCCUAGGUAGGAUGGACCAGCCCCCCGCGCCUCGGCCCUCACGUCCAAUAAGAAAAGCCCCAGCUUGACACCUGCCUAUAUACAGGCGAGCGCGCCCCCGGCCCGCGCACCGCGCGCACAGCCCGCACAGCCCACGCCGCGGGCGAGCGAGACCUCGGCCCGCCACCAUGACUUCCAGUAAGAUCGAAAUGCCCGGCGAGGUGAAGGCCGACCCCGCCGCCCUCAUGGCGUCCCUGCACCUCUUGCCAUCGCCCACGCCCAACCUCGAAAUCAAGUACACCAAGAUUUUUAUUAACAACGAGUGGCAGAACUCAGAGAGCGGGAGAGCGUUCCCUGUCUAUAAUCCAGCCACAGGAGAGCAGGUGUGUGAAGUCCAAGAAGCAGACAAGGCAGACAUAGACAAAGCAGUGCAGGCGGCCCGCCUGGCUUUCUCUCUUGGUUCAGUGUGGAGAAGGAUGGAUGCUUCUGAAAGAGGCCGUCUGUUGGAGAAGCUUGCAGACUUGGUGGAACGAGACAGGGCAGUUCUUGCAACCAUGGAAUCCCUAAAUGGUGGCAAACCGUUCCUGCAAGCUUUUUACGUGGAUUUGCAGGGGGUCAUCAAAACCCUUCGGUAUUACGCAGGCUGGGCUGAUAAAAUUCACGGGAUGACCAUUCCUGUAGAUGGAGAUUAUUUUACUUUUACCAGACAUGAACCCAUUGGAGUGUGUGGACAGAUCAUCCCGUGGAACUUCCCCCUGCUGAUGUUUGCUUGGAAAAUUGCUCCGGCUCUUUGCUGUGGUAAUACAGUAGUUAUCAAGCCGGCAGAACAAACCCCGCUCAGCGCGCUCUACAUGGGAGCCCUCAUCAAGGAGGCUGGCUUUCCGCCGGGAGUCAUCAAUAUUUUGCCAGGAUACGGGCCAACGGCUGGGGCAGCAAUAGCUUCUCACAUUGGCAUAGACAAGAUUGCGUUCACAGGGUCAACGGAGGUUGGAAAGCUUAUCCAAGAAGCAGCUGGAAGAAGUAACUUGAAGCGAGUAACUCUGGAACUUGGAGGGAAAAGUCCCAAUAUUAUUUUUGCUGAUGCUGAUUUGGAUUACGCUGUGGAGCAGGCCCACCAGGGAGUGUUCUUCAACCAGGGCCAGUGCUGCACUGCUGGGUCUCGCAUCUUUGUGGAGGAGUCCAUCUACGAGGAGUUUGUGAGAAGAAGCGUGGAGCGGGCCAAGAGGCGCAUCGUGGGGAGCCCCUUUGAUCCCACCACGGAGCAGGGACCCCAGAUUGAUAAGAAACAAUACAACAAGAUCCUGGAACUCAUCCAGAGUGGUGUGGCCGAGGGUGCCAAGCUGGAAUGUGGAGGCAAAGGGCUGGGCCGAAAGGGGUUUUUCAUCGAGCCCACCGUGUUUUCCAACGUCACCGAUGACAUGCGCAUUGCCAAAGAGGAGAUCUUUGGACCUGUUCAGGAAAUUCUGAGGUUUAAGACUAUGGAUGAAGUUAUCGAAAGAGCCAAUAACUCAGACUUUGGACUUGUAGCAGCCGUCUUCACUAAUGACAUCAACAAGGCGCUCACAGUGUCUUCUGCAAUGCAGGCUGGGACUGUUUGGAUCAAUUGUUACAAUGCCUUAAAUGUCCAGAGCCCCUUUGGGGGAUUCAAGAUGUCUGGAAAUGGGAGAGAAAUGGGGGAAUUCGGCUUGCGAGAGUACUCCGAGGUGAAGACGGUGACAGUAAAGAUCCCUCAGAAGAACUCCUAAGAAGGCCAAGGAGGAAGGUGGAGGCCAGCCCACAGGACCCUUCCUCUCUGCUCUCCCUGGGGGGCCCGGCUCUCAGGAAUCCAAAGUCCAUACCCAGUCCUUAUUUAAAGAUUUAAGUAAUGACAUGUAGGCCAGGCCAGUCACUGCAUAACGAAAGCAGACCACGUGGGCACGGUUUCCUGGCACUCUGUAAGGGAUCACCUUAACGAUACCAAAUAUUGGGGAAAGUGGGCUGAAGGCAGAAGUCACUGCCGGGUACACCCAGUCUCUCUUUCCGGAGUGAUGGGCUGAUGCCUUUCGUCACAAGGAACUUUCUUCCUGAGGAAAGGUCGUCUUUCCAUUGUCUCCAUUUUCCCCCUUCCAGGCUCUCUCUGCUCACUUCCCCCCCACCCCUCCCACCCCUCCAAGGAGAUCUCAGCUGAGCUCAUUUGGGGCAGAUGUUUGGGCCGGGAACAAUUUUCCAGGGUUUUGCAGCCAAAUUACCAUUUCAUGUUAUCCACUUCUUCAAAGCGGAACAUGAAAUGGUUUUAGUUAGAGCCAGACCAGACCGAAACUGCCAGGAGCUGGUACACUGCAGAUGUAACGAGAACUAAGAACUCGGAUGUUCCUGAUCCAGUCUGGCUUUCAUACAUCCAUAAAAGACAAAAGUGAAAGAUCAGGAAGAUGCAGAUCCAGAGAUGAUCACAUGUAGUUCACAGCUUCUGAGCUUGCCGCUUGGUUUUAGGGUGUGUGGGUGUGCGUGUGUGUUUACUUCCUUCUGGGUGAUUCUGGAAUAAGGCGGGGGAGGGAGCAGUUGUUUUUCAUUGACUGAUAAGAUCUUUUUCCAAAGCUUCUCUUAACAAUCAACCCUAAAAUGAAUUGAGUCGGCUCAAGAAUUUGGUACCGGGUAGUGCUGGGGGCCUGCAGAAAGAAGUUCAUUUCCCUGCUGGCCGACAAUUCUUAGGAAGUGAAUUAUCUCUGCAAUUGGACUCCGAAGCUGCUUCUGCUCCCCAGGCUCCCUGCACCAACCCCACUCCUCCCAGUGCUCUGGGUGUUGCUGUGGCCUCUCAUGUCGUAAAUGCACUGGCAGUAACCUUGGAAAAUCCGGCCAAGCCUGGAGGUUCCAUUUCCAUUCCCAGCCCGCCAUGCCCAGUGGCUCGUCCACACAUGGUUUUCCCGACGGGCCUCCCGAGGGGGAGGCACAAAGCAGCCCCUCUCCCUUUCCCCCAGCCACACACUUCCUCUCCUGCUUUCCAGCGCAUCCACCAGCUGACGGACAGUGUCGGCUUCCUUUGCUCCUUCCCUUUUUCCAGUUGCUGAAUCCAAUCCAGUCUGUAACCUAGAUGAAGAUCAUUUAUUUAAAAGUACCAAACAUAACCUAGAAGUACAUGGAAUAUGGGCAACACGUAGGUAGCCUUCUGUAUGUAAUGGGUUUCUGCUUUCUAACCGGUUUUCUAUUUAUGAGUCUCGUCUAUUCACGAUGUUUAAAAGGAAAUCUCCGUUUGCUGUUACUUACGAACGACAGUGCAUUCAGGGGCCCGAUGCCUCAAGAGACGCCACGCUUCUGAGUUCUUCCAUGUGAAUGUCAUGCUCUCCUCUUCUAGCGUGUGUCCAAGUGAACAUACCCAUUAACCAGCUAGUUUACCUUUCAACUGCAAUAUAGAAUGUGAAAAUGAAGAUUUAUGUCUUUUAAUUUACUUAAAAAGAAACCUCUGUGCUAGCAAUAAAGCAUUUAUAU